AUGUCCGCAUUUUACUACGACCAGACUGCUCUACAGGCCCCUUACCAGAAACCUCCUGCACCCUUACCUAGUGCUACUGAGUUCACUCUGCCUCAUGACCCUGCCGACCCUGCUAACCUAGACUGGGUCGAAUGUGACAAGAUCCUCAGCUCGAGCCAUGGAAAUCCUGGUGUUGGAUCUCCAAACGACCCUUCGCCUUCACACAGCCUACACUCAUUGAACAACAACUCGUCGAAUGCACAGUUCUUUAUCAACCCCCUGAUGCCGUCUCCUGAAUCUUCGGAGUCCGGACAAUCUACAAUUGCACCCAUUGGAAAUGGUUCUUACUCAUCGGCGCUAAAGCCUGAAGAUGAAAUCAUGAACGGCACCAGUGGAGGUAUGCAUUUGACCGGAGCCCCUGUUGAUGAUAGUGAAGUCAAAAGAAAAGCACAGAAUCGUGCUGCACAACGGGCAUUCCGCGAACGUAAAGAACAAAGGGUGAGAGAACUCGAGAUUAAGCUGGCUGAAUCUGAAGAAGUGGUGAAAAAGCUGACUCAGGAAAAUCAAAAGCUUACUCAGGAAAACACUGUUCUCAAAACUGAGAACCAAGUUCUGCGAAACUCGCACCAUUCCAAUCUACAAACUGCGGGUAGCAAUGGUCCCCCAGCUCCACAACAAGCUACUUUUCCUAGCCACCAGUUCUACGCCAGCUUACUAGAAGGCCAUGAAGACGGUUCAUCAAACGACCCUGGAUCCCCUGGUACGGGGGAGGUGCAACCGUCUUACAUAGUGUAUGAACGAAACCAUGGAGAGACUAUGCUUGGUGCGGGAACGGUGUGGCAAAUGCUCAUGGAGGACCCAGUAAUGUCAGCAGAAGACGUUGACAUCAGUUUUGUGGUACAAUACAUUAAAGAUAAAGCCGUCUGUGAUGGCUAUGGACCUGUGUACCCCCUACGAGAGGUGCACGAGGGCAUUCGUCUCGCCAAAGCCGAAAAGGCCAAAUCGGAGAAGGCAAAAAUCCUUUAG